AAAGUCAGAAUAACCUGCAUUAUAGCUGGAAUAAACUUUAAAUUACUGUUCCUUUUUUGAUUUUCUUAUCCGGCUGCUCCCCUAUCAGACCUCAUCUUUUUUAUUUUUUUGUUUACCUCCUUCCAUUCAUGCACAUGCUCAUCUGAGAAGACUUUAGUUCUUCCAGCUUUGGACAAUAACUGCUUUUAGAAUCUGUAAAGUAGUUACACAAGAACAAUUGCCCAAGAUUCAGAAUUUUUUUUUAAUGGAGCAUGUGUAUUAUGUGGCCAAUGUCUUCAUUCUAACUUGGUUAUGAGAUUAAAAAAAUACAUUCCUCAUUGCUCUAACAGAUACUGAAGAUGCCACCUGAAAGGGGUGAGAGGAGAUGGAUGUUCAGUUUUCUCCCAUCAAAGAAGUAACAUUGCUGUAGCAACAUCCAUCUUGUUACAAACCUUCUAGUGUUAGAGAACUGAGGUUUUAUUAUAUACAUUUGCUCAUAACUGAUAUGUCUGGAGAAUUGGUACUGAAUCUAUAGCAUCAGCAGAACAGAAAAUGUGAUGUAUCUUAUGCAUGUCAAUAAAGGAAUGACCAGUUCUUGUUUUACAGAGAAUGGAAAUUGGAAGUCAAACAUCCCUUGUAUUCCAAAAUAGGGUCUAAGAACAUUUUUGUAAUUCAUUUAAAUUUUGUUAGGAGGCUUGGAGCUAUUAGUUAAUCUGUCUUCCAAAACACUGUUUAAUAUAGCACUGAAUAAAUGAUGCAAGUUGUAAAUGGAUGAGUGAUCAACUAAUAGCUCUACUAGUAAUUGAUUUAUUUUCUUCAAUAAAGUUGCAUAAACCAAUGAGUUAGCUGCCUGGAUUAAUCAAUAUGGGAAACAAAAUCUUUUGUAAAAGCAAAGCUGGUUUUUGUAUAUACUGUUGGGAUUUGCCUCAUUGUUUAACAUCAAAUAAUGAUGUGAAGUUCAAUAGAGUGAAUCUUUUGCCAUUUUCAGUUAUAAUGCUCAGUCUUUUGCAGGUUGACACAUUGUUCGGCCUGGUGUAUGCAGAAUUAAUAAGCUAACAUAGUAGUGUAGCCUUAGUAGUGUGCUACACGUGGUGCUGGGAGCCCAGCGUUCAAGGAUGGACUUGGGACCCAGCAGAUCUGAAGUGGUGUAUUGUGGAGAUGCUUCCUGAUGCACCUGUGUUUGCUGACUGAGAACCUUUUUCUUCACCUUGUACGCUUGACAGCUGAAAGAUCUUAAUAUGGGAGUAAUCAUGAGGCAAAAAUAUAAAAUAAAGUACUGUUUUGAUGUGGGAAUUGUCAUGAGGCUGUGUUGAAGUGAAUUUACUAUGUGGGAUGUUCGUUACCAUUGAAAAGGACUUGUUCAGCCAUGCUGCCAUUUACAUUAAUGACUAUUUUAAUGCAACAGACACUUUCCUCAUGUCAGGUGACUAAACGUGAAUAAAGACUCAUUGCUAUUGGAUUUUUGUUCUACAAGAAGCAUUGUCUUGUGCCAUUAGUUUAUCUCUGCAGCAACAAAGGCAUUAUUAAGCAUCCGGCUCUCCUGCCCUCUUCCUUCAUAUAUUUCCUUGUUUGAUUUUUGUUGGUUUUUUGUCUUCAUUCUUAACAUCCAUAGCUUCAUUUUCUCUAGUCUUGUACUAUCAACUUAUUGUGCAUCUGUGACUUCGCACGGCACCACUUUUGCACAGCUUAUAGUUAUGUACAUUCUGAUUCCUUGUCCCCACAUGGAUGUGGAAAGCUAGAUGUAAAAUAAAUGUCAAACCUUAAUUUUUAUAUAAAAAAAAGAAUAUGUAGUUUGGACAUGAUUUGUUCUGGUUUUAAAAUAUGAAAGUGAACUUUUUUUUUUGAAGUUGGCUUGAAAUUAAGAAAGCCAGGCUGUCUUUAACAGUGCAUGGCCCACUGAAAUGGCGUGUUUACAGGUUUGUUCAUGAAGUUGCAGUUUUGUGUAGUUUCUCUGCCUUGCUAACCAAAGGUUUUUACUUGUGCCAGUUCUCUGGAAUUGAAUAUACUUGAAAUGCAGCUGCCAAAUAGCAUUGCAAUCGAGGUAAAAGCAUGUGUCUGUAAUCUGGGAAAUAUGAUGCUCUUACCUUUGUGGUAAUGGUGUUAAUAUAAUGCUUAUUACUUUGUCGUGGAGCCAUAGCCACUGUAAUUAUGAUUGUGAUCAACCAGAAAGACGUGAUAUGUAAGGCACCAAACUUUGUAAAACUCGAGGUGUGGAUGAGGGAGGGUCGGGAAGGAAGAUAGUAAAAUGUUGCAUGGGAGAUGGAAGUCUUGCCUGGACUGCUAUGUAUUUCUCAUGUACUUCCUGUUGGUAGGUGCUUUGUGAUCACUUUCAGUACUUUCAGUAAGUGGAAAGCGUAUAUUUUGAUGAGAGUGGUGAAAUGUAGGUGUUAUACAUGUGUGCCAGAGAUCAUGCUGUUGCAUUUAUGAGAUGAGAAAUAGUAAGUGUUCUGUCCUCAGAGCAGUCUUGGGUAGUGUGCAGGCUUCCCCUGAAGGUGUACUGGGGCUCAGUCUUAAAGGCAGGGGGUGUUGAGGAAAGAAGGAAAUCAAAGUUUAAGAACUUCUGCCAAAACAAAAAUGUUAAUUAGUGAUUACCUCAAUAAGUAAGUCUAUCUAGCACAAGUACAGAAGGUUGCAGCUGCAGUGAAACAUAUGGAGGAACAAAAAGUAUGAUUUGAACUUGAGAAAACUGGGGUUUGGGGAAGCACUGAAGUUGAGUUGUCCUGCCCAGCUCUAUUAAAAAGCCUUAGUUUAGGAUGACAAAUACAGUAAUAGCUUUCAGCUCAGUAGUCAACUCCAUCCUAAGAGUACUGAAUUGAACAAUUUUGUAAAUGGCUUUUAUUUGAGGGUUUGUAGAAAACAAAGAUGGUGUAAGCAAAGUAUUUCUGAAACAAAAGUGUUUUUAAGCAGACCACAGGAGUACAGUCUGAUUACUGUGGACGGGAGGGAUGGAACUGCAGUCUGGCAAUUGAUUAAAAGAACUGGUUAACUUAGGUCUGUAAACUUUACCAGUCCUGUUAGAUUGGAUAACCCCUUAGACAAAAAAGAAUUAGCAUUUAUUAAAAGGACUUGAUCGCUUAAACAUUUGCAGACAGAAAUGUGCUAAAUAACUUUUUAGUCUUUUCUGCAACCCCUAUCAAUUGUUCUUACAGUUUUAGUUCAUCAAAUACUUCACUAUUAUAAGAACAUCUCUAAUCUGCAUCAUAAUCUGAAGCAGAUCCAGUAGGCUCAUCAGUUUUGGACUGAAAAUUUAUUCUGAAUUGCUAUCAACAAGUCUUUAAUAGCACUUAAGAUGUGGUAAAGUUGGAAUUCAGUUGAAGAUCACUUGCUGUGUUUAUAGAUUAAAAAACAAGCUUUGUAGCUUUAAUCUGUGUAGACUACACUAAGACAACUGUUAUCUUUAAUGAGUUGUGUGAAACAAAUUGGCAUAGGAACAGGGGAAUGAGGGACAUAAUGCAUGAUCAAUAGACGUUUCUUAAGGUAGAAAGGUUACUUCAUUGGAACGUGGGCCAUGCUGCAAUCCCCUGAAUGGAAUCCUCCCCAGCCCUCUCAAAAAAAAGCCCACUUGCUGUUCGCUGCAAUUCUUUGUGUUGCUGAAAGGAUGCUAUUUUACCACAGUGCCUUCAACAUAAAAUAGCAUAAAUUGGAGAAAUGUUGUAUUUUGACCUCGAUAGGCAAUUUAUGUUUGAAACGUCAUUGGAAUUAAGGCUAAAGUAUUUAUAAAGCAUGGGGCUUACACUGUGGGAGCAGUGCAGGAGCAAUGCAGAGAAAGCAGGGUAAAGCAGGAAGCAAAACUACAAAUGUAAUGGGAAGGUAUUAAAGGUGAAGAUGUGCUGGGUGUGUCAUUGUGAAGUGCAAAUGUAUUGUCAAAUAAUUUCUGUAGUGUAAAGUCAAGUGGAAGCAACCUGCGCUAAGAUAGCUCAUCAGUUGUAAUUUUAAGUGUCCAAUUUAGCCUGUUGAAGACUAUAACUUCAAACGUCACUUUAGGAAGAAUUAACUCAGGCUGUAGAUAAUAGAGCUUUUGCAGGUGCGUAUGGAAUAUUUAAUAAGCAAGUGUCUUUAAAGCAACCCAGAUCUUCUUGCCAUUUAAGCAAGGAACUGUAAGAUGCAGCUAUGUGUGCUGCAUGUGGCAUGAAUUUAUAACCCCUUCCUCACUGACUAACUUGUGAAGGUAAAUAGUAAAGAUGUGUCGUAGCUUUGGCGUUUAGUACAAAGCUGUCAUUUCUUUGGGGAAGGGUGCUCUUGCUGAAAUAACAUCUACAGAAUCUCCACCAUGUUGUUAAUCCUCUGAUAAUGCAGUAAGAUUAACCAACUAAUUUAUAGAUAGGUUAGAAAUGUAAGAAUCUGGUAAGUGUAAGCUUUAUUUUUUUUUUCCUCUAUUACAAGGAUAGGAAUGCUUUUAUUGGAAUAAGGGGUCCAGAUCUGUUUGUCAGGUCUCUUAGUUUUUGUACUCAGAAGAGCACCGAGGAAAGUAUCACUGUUAGCUGCUGCAGAAGGUCUCAGUUGACAACUUUAGUGGACAACAAGACAACUUCCAGGACGUGGUACUGAUAGAAUGCUACUUUGAUGCAAUGGGUGAGUUCUGGGUGGAGAGUUGAGUAUUUAAAACUGAACGUUAUUAAAAUCUUGAUAUCUUAAGUCUUGCUUCUCUUCAGCAUCUGUCUGGUCUAAUUGACAUGUGCCUUGAAAAUUUUCAGGUACAAAUCUUGUUCAGCUUUUUGCACCUCUGUUCUUGCACCUUGCCUUUCCACUUCUUUCCUUACUUUGUAGCCCAUGCGGAUUUCAUCCCUGAGUUUCAGGAGACAUCUUUCAGAACACGAAGUGCUCGCUCCUGAGGGAUUGUUGUUUGGUUUUAAAGGCCAGAGGACAAACCACAUACAAAUGUUCAGUUGAAAACAAGAUGCCAAGUGAAAUAUAGGACAUUUAGAGAAGUCUUUAUUGGUUCAGUUGUACUGUGAUCUGAAUAGAAAAUCUUAACACGUAAGCUUAUAGAAUCAGACUACCUGUAUUACAUAUAUUUUUAUAUAUUAAGCCAUUGUGUGAUUCUUAUUCCAUUGUGCACAGUAGAAAUAAACACAAGGCCCCUGAAAGAUACAGGGUGAGUGUAGCUUUCUGGAUGAUUCUUCUGCACUACUAUGGGUUUUUUUCAAUGUAGUAGUAAAUAUUGUAUUCACUUUAAGGGUUAUAAAUUCUUCAGGAUACAGUUACUUCAGUACAGAUGUAGGUGCUUAGCUUUGCAUAAGUAUAGGGUUUCCAUACACUCAGGAAAGUGAAGUUUUGCAUUUGUAGGUGCCAGUUUUAUAAAAAGCAGGAUGAAGUUCUCCAUGGUCUAUCUGCAAAGUGUUGAACAUGUAAGCCAGUGUGUUUACUUAAAUACACACAGUUACUAGUAGUUUAAGCCUCCUUUGACUUCAGUUUCUGUAACAUAAAAAUACUUUCAUUUUUGGGCUAAUAGUUUGCUUGAGAAUGAGCUCUAAGCUCAGCAGUGAGCUGAUGGGACAAAUGCAGAUACAGAACCUAGCCAGUAUAAGAGGUAGAACUUGAGUCAGUUGAGCCUGACCGCUUUCUAUUGCCAGCUAUAUUAACUGCUCUUAUUAAUGUUUUUUACAGUUUGAGUUGUAUUUCAAGAGGAUGUCCCUAAGUCUCGUUUGCAUAGUGAUUUAUGUUUCCUGAGAAACCAUUCCAAAUUCACUGAAAUCUGCACUUCGAGGAUCCAUACAAUAGAUUUAAUGAUGUGAUGUACAGGUGGAUCUCACUGGAUAACUGGACUUACAGCAGGACAUUCAAAACUCCUUUUGAUGUCAGAAAGUGGCAGAAAGUGAAUUUGGUUUUUGAGGGAGUAGAUACAGUAGCGCACAUCCUGCUCAACAAUGUCACUCUUGGGAGAACAAACAACAUGUUCAACAGAUAUAGCUUUGAUAUUACCAGCAUGAUCAAGGAGGUCAAUUUUAUUCAAGUCCGUUUCAUGUCGGCCAUUUCAUAUGCUGCAGAGCAGAGCAGAUGUCACAAAGCAUACAGCGUCCCCCCGGCAUGCCCUCCACCUGUGCAGAAAGGCGAGUGCCAUGCUAAUUUCAUCAGAAAGGAGCAGUGUUCAUUUAGUUGGGACUGGGGCCCUUCUUUUCCCACUCAAGGAAUCUGGAAAGAUGUGAGGAUUGAGGCCUAUAACCUUUAUCAUUUGAUUUACUUUUCUUUAACUCCUUUCUUUGUGAGGAGAGCUCAGCAGUGGAGUCUUGAAAUUGAGUCCAUCUUUAAUGUAGUUGGCUCUAAGCCAAUUGCAGGUCUUGCAACUGUGAACAUUCCCAAACUGCAAACACAGCAAACAUACAGUGUGAAGCUGCAACCUGGUGAAGGCAGUAUUGUGCUGCUUGUAAACAUCAGCAAGAACUCUACAGUAGAAGCUUGGUGGCCAAAUGGGCAUGGAAAACAAAUUGGAUACAAUGUGACAACAACUUUCAUCAUGGAAGGAGGAUACCAGAUUGAGAAAAUUUCAAAGGCCUAUUUUCGGACAGUAGAACUUGUUCAGGAGCCUAUUCCUGGAUCUCCGGGUCUGAGUUUCUACUUUAAAAUCAAUGGCCAACCCAUUUUCAUGAAGGGCUCAAACUGGAUUCCAGCAGAUUCUUUCCAGGAUAGAGUGACCUAUGACACAUUAUGGCUACUCUUGAAGUCUGCAGCAGAUGCUAACAUGAAUGCACUUAGGAUAUGGGGAGGAGGAAUAUAUGAGCAGGAUGAUUUCUACGAUAUUUGUGAUGAACUGGGAAUAAUGAUUUGGCAGGAUUUUAUGUUUGCAUGUGCACUGUAUCCAACAGACCCGGAUUACUUGGAAUCAGUAAGAGCAGAAGUUUCUCAUCAGGUAAGGCGGUUAAAAUCCCAUCCAUCAGUUGUUCUGUGGAGUGGUAACAAUGAAAAUGAAGCAGCAAUUGCAAGUAACUGGUUCUCCAUACCACAUGCUGACAGAGAAGUCUAUAUCAAAGAUUACGUGAUGCUUUAUGUGAAGAACAUCAGAGAAAUAGUUCUUGCUGAAGAUAAAAGUCGUCCUUUUGUUGUAUCCAGUCCUACCAAUGGUUUGGAGUCAAUUAAAGAGGGCUGGCUCUCUGAGAAUCCAUAUGACACACAUUAUGGUGACACUCACUUUUAUGACUACAGCAGUGAUUGCUGGAAUUGGGCAAUGUAUCCUAGAACUCGUUUUGCUUCAGAAUAUGGAUUUCAAUCCUGGCCAUCUUUCAGUACGCUGAAAAAGGUUUCCUCCGCUGAGGACUGGUCAUACACAAGCAAUUUCUCUCUCCAUCGACAGCACCAUGAAAAUGGCAAUGACCAGAUGCUUCAACAGAUUGCAUAUCAUUUCAAGCUUCCCCAGACCACAGAUCCCAUAAAAAAGUUCAAAGAUAUGAUUUACCUCACUCAGGUGAUGCAGGCUCAAUGCGUAAAAACAGAAACCGAAUUCUAUCGUUCUAGUCGAAGUGAAAUAAUCAGGGGAGAAGGACACACAAUGGGUGCUCUGUAUUGGCAACUCAAUGACAUCUGGCAGGCACCUUCGUGGUCUUCCUUGGAGUAUGGUGGAAAGUGGAAACUGCUCCAUUAUUUUGCCCAAAACUUCUUUGCCCCACUGCUGCCUGUGGCCUAUGAAGAUAAUGGUGUGUUGUACAUUUAUGGUGUCUCAGAUUUUCAUACAGACCACAAGCUGACUUUGAAGGUCAUUGUGAACUCCUGGAGUUCUCUGGAGCCAGUAUGCACUCUUGUCAAAGAUGGUGUGACUGUUAAAGCACAAAGUUCUUUUUCCAUCUACAAGGAGUCCAUAAAUGCCUUGCUGGAAAGAUGCAGAAAUUGUACCAGGAAAAGCUGUGUUGUUUCUUUUUACCUUGUGGGUGAAGAUGGACUCCAGAGUCCCAUGAAUCAUCAUUUCCUUUCAUCCCUGAAGGAUGCUGUAGGAUUGGAAAAGACGCAACUUAGUGCCACUGUAUCCCAACAAGAUGAUGUUUAUCUGUUUGAUCUUCAGACUACUGCUAUUGCUCCUUUUGUUACGCUGGAUGUAGGGAGUAUAAAGGGCAGGUUUAGUGAUAAUGGUUUCCUCAUGAUGGAAAAGAAGAAAGUGGUUAUUUUUUAUCCUUGGGAGCCUACCAGUGUUGAAGAACUAGAAAAGUCAUUUACCUUGACAUCUUUGAUGGACGUUACCUGAUGAUUUUGUUCCAGACGACAAGACGGGGAGAGGAAAAGCUUGGAAGAAUUUGACUGUAGUUGAGGUGACCUACGAGAUGAAAUGACUGAAUGUUUUGUUCUGUCAUGUGUGAAUUUUAACUGCUGGUUCAAUGUAAAGAUACCAACACCACAGCUUGCUUAUAAUAUAUGUGAUGCAUUGAAAGUAAGGCUUUCUCAGGUAAUUGGAGAAUUACAUCCCACACAAAAUGAGAGGGGUUAGUCAGUAUAUGAGUCUUCCAAUUCACAUAAAAGAAAUUACUGGGUUGUAGUUCUCUCCUAAGUCAAAGACAAUACAAAUAUGUGCCUCUAGACUGUGUUUGUAAAAAUAUAUAUUUUUUCCACUUUCACAAUACUAUAAGUGAAAAAUCAUCCUAGAACUACCAGAAGGUAAGGAGGAAGGGCAGGGAAUGAAGCUGAGACCACCUCCAUAGGCCCACCAAAAGAGUUGAACAGUGCAUUUUUCUCACCAGGCUCCCUCUUAGAGUGGUUUGUUUCAUCUACAGUAGUCCUUGCCCCAUUGGAUCUAUGGGUGUCACUCUGGUCCUGCCUGCCUCCUGCAAGGAAGGCUUCUUAGUAAGCCUGAAAUCUAUCAGACAUCAGCAGGUCUGUUCUUGAAUCCCAAAGUAGAAUGAUAUACAAGAAUUGUUUUCUUGUCUCUUCUCACUGGCCAGCUCAGUGCCCUGGAAGUAGUCCAGGCUGUGGCUGGCUGUACUGUGAGCAUAGAAGAAGCAGUUGUCAGCUCCAGCCACCCCAGAGGGCUCUGGCAUCUUGCUGUAAAGGAACAGGAGCAUGAGAAAGCAGCUGGCCAGCACCAAAUGUAUGAUGGUGUUCACUGGCAGCAUCCUUGCUCCAAGCAUGCCACCCUCAUGGUGCAACCUUGAGAGGCGUCCUUGAGGGCAGAUCCUGCUGUACAGAUUAUUGCCAUGCAGGAGAGGUCAUGGAGCUCUCUGUCUGCUCACCAUUUAUGGGGUAAGAUUGUCUCAGAGUCAUAUUUUGUUUUUAGGUGUAUGCUCCACUGGCUCUCGGUUGUUGAACCAGGUGUUUGCUAUCAAUUCUUUUACCCCCUCCUAGUCUUAGACAGAUUUGUGGUCAUUAAUCUGGUUGCUUGUGCAGGGCCUUAUUUGUGAGGCCAGGCUGAGGAAGAAAGUUGGGAGAAAGAAAGAAGGGGAAAGCACACCAUCGCAUGAGGCUGCUGCUCUUUGCGUGCCACUGCCUCAUUUAAGUCCCUCUGCAUGCUCCUCGUGGCAGUGGCAACAGGGGGCCUGGAGGUGUUCAAGAAGCACGUAGAUGUGGUGCAUAGGGACAUGGUUUUAGUGAGCAUGGUGGUCACAGGUUGAUGGAUUUCUAAGAUCCAACCAACCUUAAUUAUUAUAUGGUUCCUAGACAACUGCAGCCCCAAACUCAUUUUGGGGCUCAUGUGGAUUCCUGCUUAGUGUGGCAUGGUACGAGAUGUGGCUGUCUGUGAGAAAAGGAACGAGAGAAAAGUUGGCAAAGGUGCAAAGAGAAAGGAAGCAAUAGAGAAAGUAAAUGGUUAUUGAGAGGACCACAAAGUUAGAAUUUUCUCCUUUUUCUCUGCUAAAUGCAUAGUGCAGGGACUGAUGUUCUCACUUGUGCAUUGCUGCUACCUCUUGGCACUCCUUGUGAGUGGCCUGUGUCCCACUCUGGGCCUCCUCUCCUUUCAAAGGAAUUGGCUUAGCUUUGUUUAUCUAGCAAAUUGUGUCAUAAUUCUGCUUUGUGUGUGUUUGUUGUUAACCUCUUGUGUGUAUGUUAUCCCCAAAAUAUUAUGUGGACAUCAUCAAAGGAAAUCCUGAACAUCUUCAAUUUGUUUCUUUGUGUAUACCUUUCCUGUUGAAGACACUGCUUACUCAUGAUUAGAUCUGGGGGUCCGUUAUGUUCGUUAGUCCAUACAGAGUGAUUGUGCAUCACCUUUUACUCUGUUUCUGAAUAAGUUGUUCUUAAAAUGUUUAGGCUUCCCAUGGAAAUGUCUCACGUAGGCAUUUAAAAACAGAAAAUAAAUGUGCUUCAGUGCAGGGGCUACAGUGGUCUGUGGAGAUGAUAGCCAGAGGGUUUGGUUAUCUGGAAGUCCAGGUCACCAAGCUGUGCUGCAGGCAGGUUGCUAAACAUCAGGCUCUUCUUUCAGAUGUGAUUUGAAAUGCAGCUGAGGUCUUGCUGGGGUUCCAUGGGGAACCCGUCACAGUGCAACCACAGUAUGCAUUUUCCUGCAUUUUUCUACUUUACAGUAGAAAAUGUCUGAACAAGCUGUGCUGGUGACAUCCACCUCUGAAGUGAUAGCACCAUGUAGAUGAUAUUUGCUGGGGUGUGGAGUGCACACAGGGAGAAUGGUUGUGUGUCCCAUUGGUCGGUUAGAAAAAUUGAAGCAAAGGGUUGCUUUGCUGUAGUGGCUGCAGUUUUAAUGGGCAAUAGAUAAACAUCUUGGCAGGUGCUUGGUGAUCUGCAGCUGUUUUUGGAAUGGGUCAUUAAGCAAAACAGAAAUAGUCCUGAGGAAGAGGAAAAACUUGAACGUGAAAGAGAAAUGAUGAAUGGUAUUUCCUUACAGCUGCUUUACUAGGUCAUCAAAACAGCUAACUGAGUUUUGGAGGUCUUUUCUGAUUCGAGAGUUGUUAAAAGAAGAUGUGAAAUACAUAAAAUAUGUUUAUGUGCCAGUAUUUAUAGAUUAUGUUAAGUAAAUAGGGAAAAUGAUAGCCACGAAUAAAACCUUACAGAAAAUGCAUGCAUUGAUAACCUCAUGUAAAUGGUACAUGAGAGGCACCCUGGGCCAAGAAUAGAAGAAAAAUUCUUUAGAUUUUUCAGUGGCAUGGAAUCCUAACAGCAAUAGAGCCCUAUAUAAGGUAAGGAUGGAAAAAUGUAACCACUGUGCAGAAAAUAUGGGAUAAAUAUUAUUAAUAAAUACUACUGCAGCAUAUUAGGAAAAGAAUAGGUUAGUCAAUAUCUUCCCAUUUUGCUUUGAUGUAGAAAUGUCUCUUCGAGGAACAUCUAGCUAGAAUUUCAAAAUGGUGCUUAAUAGCAUUCGAUAAAUAAAACAGACAGAAUUACUUGCUUCAAAGAAUAUUGAGAGGGCUAUCUUAAGACCAAUGAUAUUUGUUCUAAGUGCCUCUUGGAAUAUAAAUGCAAUUUCAGAGUCAUAGAAGAGAGCUUUUGGAUUUCUAGAAGCUAUAAACAAUGAACCUGGACAGCUGUGAACUUGUUUGGCCUGCCAUGAAUUUCAAGCAACAUCAUGAAAGUUAUGAUGUGGUUCAUCAAUAAUGGAAAUGGCUGUGCAACCGGUGCCCAUCUGCAAUGCUAUACAGAAAAGUGCUCUUCUAUAAUGUUUUUUCUUGCUGUUAUGUUUUGCAGUUACCAGAUUUCUGAAGGCCAGAAGCACCCUAAUUCUGUGUCUGUUCUUUCUCCCUGGAAAGCUGGUACUGAGCACUGUGUACUGCUAUAGAAGAUUUACGAUUGCUUAACCCCAAAUACUUGGUCUCAAAGCUGAAUUUAAUGGAGGAGGUUCCCUUCCAUUAUAAUCUUAAUAUCCUUAAUAUGUUCUUUUGGUUUAGUGGUGUUUCAGCAGGUUUGUAUUUAUAGGUGCUAUUUUCCUUGCUCCCCACUGCAGCAGUGACUGUAUAUCUACCUUGGUUGACUAUUAUCCCUUGGUGCUUUUGCUGUGAUAUACUUAAUUACAUCGUUCUGCUUUUGUCUCAGAUCAGGGCAAGGACAAAUACACAACAGUGAAGAAAUCUUUGGAGUAUCCAUCCUAUCUGCACAUCAUCCAUAGCCAUCUGAGUGCUGUUGCAGCGGCUCAACUGCACUUGUAUUGCCGGGUGUAUCUGAUGGGUUGAGGAUCGGCAGUGGUUGGAUUAGGAAAAGCAAUUGUUGUAGGAAUCUUUUGAAUCCUGCAAAAGUUUGGAUGAAACCUGUGGCAGUCACUGCAAGACCGCUCUGCUUUAAGAGAAUUGUGUGCUCCAGAAGAGCUGGAAGCUGUAAGUAUUGGCAUGUUGCGUCUCGAGCUUAUGAAUACUCACCACUGUUCCUUGUCACCUCAAGGGAGGGAAGGUUGCUUUUUUCCUUAAUUCUAGGAAAACAGCACUUCACCAGCCCAGGAAAGGGAGAAAAGGCAUUUCAUACACCACUAUAGGCUGGUAAACAAAAGUCACUGGAAACUCACAGCCAUGGCAGACACUUUAAAAACAAGGUCAGUUGAACUUUCUAAAUAGUCUUCUUUAUGUCAAACAGAGAAGAUCUGUAGUGUUCUGUUGUCACACCAUAUUUUUGCUCUGUUCCCUAUUUCUGGUGUCUGUUAACGUGGUACAGUAGCAAAACAGUGCAGCAGAUCCCAAUUACUGCAAGUGCAGAUUAGGUGUAUUUCAGAUUUAGAUUCUUGCUGUGAUUUAUAAUUCAGUAGUAAACUUGACUGAAAGUAUCUAAAGGUUACACCUGUCUAUAGACUGGGGGGGUGGGAGAGGGAAGUUUAAUUAAAUAUCUUUGGAGGUAUUUCUAGAUGAAUCUCUGCCAAAGGAACAGGAAGUGUGACUGGCACUCAGAGGGACAAGCCCACAGUGCAAGCAUCUUGAGAUGCCUGAAGUUGUUGGUAUAUGCAUUUUGGCCCUUCCUCCAGCCUUGCUGUUCUAUUCGCUAACAGCUGUGCACUCCAGGCUUCUUGCACAGUAAUGCAGUAAUGCUUGGAGUAAACAGGAGCUUGGCAGAUUGCUGGAGCAGUUUUCCUGAAGGUUCUGCUGGGGAUAAGUUAAAAGUAACUCCAGAAAUUCUGUUUUGGCUGCUCCUGUACACGUUUAGAACAAACAUAAACGUAGCUUUUCAGAACUUUAGUUAAUAACAGCGUCUUGAUUUUUGUUUCUUCAGGGGUAACAUGGAGUAGAAUAGGGACAAUACCCUGUGCUGCAAGCCUGGAACUGUACUGAAGGAAAAUAUGAGUCAGCAAUGAUUAGUCCUUGUUACUACCCUGUGUUGGUGUGGUCAAGUCUUCUCUGUGCUGGGUGGGACGAGGUUUCUCCAUAACCCAGUUAUGCACAGGAGCUCUCAAGCAGUGAGCUUCUGGGUUCUCUCAUUUGUUUGACCUGUCACACCUGGGGAACAGGAAUAGCACUCCUUUCUCGCAUAAGGUGACAUGAGAAUAAAUCUGUGUCUAAGGUGAGCUAAUGAGAUGUAUAAAUCUCUCUUAGUGGUUACCUGUUAAGAAGAAUACAGCUACUCAAAAUGUUUCUGUUGAGACUUGUAUGCAUUGCUUAUACUUUUCUCUUGUAGACCAUGCUUCCUCUGUGCUUGCUUCUUCCUGCUACCUGCAUGGAGGCAGCAGUGUGCUUGGGCACUUCCCCUUCAGCGUGGUGCCUGCCUCCUUCCAUGUGCCAGAAGAACAAGGCUGUGUGCCCUGCAGAGGAUGAUCACCUGCUAAUAAGAAAAAAGUAUCUCCUUUCCCAAGAACCGUAUCCACGUUACUGAAGACUGAGGUGAGCCAAGAAUCAUCAGUGUGUCAAAAGCUCACCUUUGUGCCAAGAAAGCUGGCUCUGGCGAUUUUAGGAGCUUUUUCCAGACAACCGUACUGCAAAACUUCUGAAGGGAACAGCCAGAAACCAUCCUUUGAUUGCUGUGUGCUUUACCUCUUUGAAUUAAGUGAGCUGAUAUUACACACUAACAAGGAGUGACUUUCAUCUAUAAAAGAAAAUCCUCACAAACCAGAGACAACAGAGCACGAACCUCCCAGUUGGCUGCCAUAUCCAGUGGUGUUGUUCCCGGUACGAUUCCUUCAUCAUCAUCAUCAUCAUCUUUCACAUCUUCUUCUACAUCAAAGAGCGGCUCAAAGUUCUCAACGUGAGGAUCUGCGCCUGGAAAAUAAGUGUGCAAGAAAUUUCUAAGGAAAGGCUUUUAAGCUGUUUUACAUUGUGCCGUGGAAAAGCAUUGUUUAAAAAGCUAAAUUAGAAGGCUUGCAAUUCAAAACUUAAAAUAGAUGUUCUAACUCAGAAAAUCAUGGGUUGUUUUUUUUUAAAUAAACUGAAGUUAAAUGUCA